AUGGCUUCAGCGACAUACUGUGACAUGCCCGUCGUAAUUGACGGGUAUGAAGCUGCCAAGGAAAGGCAAAGAUACUUGAUCGAAAAGAUGGAGGCUUUGGACAUGACAUUAUGGUUGGCAAGAAUACCAUCCGACCAGAGGUUCUACUAUCCUGGUAAACUCAUCCGGGACGACGACGACAACAUGGAAACCGAAAUUUUGGACAUCAUGCGUGAGAUUGAAGAUUUACAGGAGAUCGUUGACAUCUACGAAGAUGUCGAUGAGGAUCUCGAGUGGGAAGUUGACGAGGAGGCACUAAGAGAAUUCGAAAGGUUAACAAGAGGAAGGAAAGCCGAACUUACCAUUCCAAUUCCAGAGGGUGCUCUCUCGAGGAAUCCCUCUCCAUGCUCAAGGACUUGGGUUCCAAGGCCUGCCGAGCCCGACUUCGAGAAGCCAUUCAACCCAUUCCGAGAAGAAUACUUCCUCGGACUGGAAGACGCUAUUACCGAUGAAACAGAAUUCAUCACAAUUCCUGGCGCCGCGCCACAUUCUUUGUCCACCAUCUCCCACAAUUCACUCUUUGGAGAUUUGGUCGAUUACGUCAGAGAAUGGAACCCCUUCGAUGUUGGAAGCUCGUGCACUUCCCGAUCCUCCUCCAUGGACUCUACAUUCUCCUUCAAUGAGAUGGUUUCUGAUUCGUCAGUAUCAAGCGAUGCUGGUGAUGACUGCUCUGUCAGAAAGACUUCUGAUGAAAACACCAAGACAACUAUCAUGGAGACAGAGACAAUGACUGUCCCAUUAGUACUUGAUGAUGGUCGCUUCAAUACCGCAGGAUCAAGAAGAUCAUCAGAAGACUCCCAGGGCCCAUGGCCUGAGUACCUCGAGUACGAGAUGGACGUCGAUGAAGAGAUGGACUACGAUGAUUACUAUGAGUACGAGGAGAUGGCACACCAAACUCUCGUCCAUACUACAGCCAAGUACGCAGACCUUGGGUCUAGUCUACUCAACAGCACUUUCGAUAAACUCCCCACCAACCAUAUCAUCUACACUGAGCGUGCACUAUCGGAAUGUUCGACAAUAUCGGAUUCCGAACCCUGCACUCCAACCACUAUCAACCCACAUAUGAUUCACAUCGAACUACCAGCAUACAAGGUCGACUACUACCUUGCAUUCGAAGAUGCGGAAGACCAAUUCAUCAGAACCAAGUUUUUAGAUUCUGCCGUCGAGUUGGAUCAGGCGUUUCCUUCCUUCGAGUCGGUACUAUCGACUUUUGACCCAUCAUUCGAGAAUAAAACAUUCCAGCCAAUGAUGUUCCAGCACAAUGCAUCCAUGGAGACACUCGACCUUGACGACCCAAUGGACGUUCUCGAGGCCCAAAGGUUAGCUGGCUCCUUCGCUAGGAUGUCCUCGCUAUAA